CCAGCUGUCAGGCUCAUGUUCUUCCUCGGAAACACCUUCUUUUUGUGAGGACAUGGCCCCGCUGCCAUUGUUGUCCUUGUCCCGGUGAUGUAAUGGUGAUGUAAUCCGGAGCCAAUGCAGCAGGUGACAGAAGAUCCAGAUGUGUGGGGUUGAGCGCUGGUCUGCCCCUGUUCCUCCACCUCACAUCUGCGGUGUUUGUGUUUUAAAUCAGCUGUAGCAAUGUCAACUGGAGGGGAUUUAAAGCGCACAGGUGAGCGUAUAUGACCUUGUACGUCGGGUGAAAAUGAGCAAAAAAAGUCUAAAGAUCCCGGAGGAGAGACAACGGAGGUACAAGGCGACUCCUCCCGUUUGGAGGAGGAGGAAGAGGCGAAGGAGGAGCUGCAUGUGCACCUAAACAGACGGUGAGGGUAAUGCAUUGUGUUCAGUGUGUCAGUCCUGCACGCAGCGCAGUCAAGAGAGCGGCCCAGCCGGUCAAAACAAACCCAGCGGAGGGAAGGUAUCGUUCCUGCGGCUGCGGUUGUCCUCUAUCGGGAAAGAGCGGCGGCGGAGGACGAGAGCUCCGUAGCUUUGACGUGAGCUGCUCUUCGGCUUAAACGGCCCCCCGAACAGCUCCCUGCUCCCUGAAGGGAAAAACAAAACAAGAGGGCAUCAGCUGUAUCAUUUUUUUUUAACCGAAGGCCCCGAGAGAGGGAGAAAAAGCGACCGCGAGCCCCGCAGACAUGCCCGGCUUCGACUACAAGUUCCUGGAGAAGCCGAAGAGACGCUUCCAGUGUCCGCUCUGCAGCAAGGCGAUGCGGGAGCCCGUCCAAGUGUCCACCUGUGGACACCGGUUCUGUGACACCUGUCUGCAAGAAUUCCUCAGUGAGGGCGUCUUCAAAUGUCCAGAGGAUCAGCUGCCUUUAGACUAUGCCAAGAUCUACCCAGACCCGGAGCUGGAGCAGCAGAUCCUGGCGCUGCCCAUCCGCUGCAUCCACAGCGAGGAGGGCUGCCGCUGGACCGGACAGAUGAAGCAGCUGCAGGGCCACUUCUCCACCUGCGCCUUCAACGUGAUCCCUUGCCCCAACCGCUGCUCCGUCAAGCUGACGCGCCGCGACCUGCCAGAUCACCUGCAGCACGACUGCCCCAAGCGCAAGGUCAAGUGCGAGUUUUGCGGCAGCGAGUUCACCGGCGAGGCCUACGAAAACCACCAGGGCGUGUGUCCUCAGGAGAGCGUUUACUGUGAGAACAAAUGCGGAGCUAGGAUGAUGCGUCGCCUGCUGUCCCAGCACAGCAUGGCCGAGUGUCCCAAACGCACGCAACCCUGCAAGUACUGCGGCAAAGAGUUCGUCUUCGACACAAUCCAGAACCACCAGUAUCACUGCCCUCGCUUCCCUGUCCAGUGUCCAAACCAAUGCGGUACUCCCAACAUCGCCCGGGAGGACCUGGCCAACCACGUCAAGGACAACUGCGGCAACGCACUCGUCCUCUGUCCUUUCAAAGACGCCGGCUGCAAACACAGGUGCCCUAAGCUGGCUAUUAGCCGUCACUUGGAAGAGACCACCAAGUCGCACCUCACACUGAUGUGUAACUUGGUCGGUCGCCAACGGCAAGAAAUCCUGGAGCUGCGACGAGAGAUGGAGGAGCUGUCGGUCAGCCAAGACGGCGUCCUCAUCUGGAAACUCAGUGACUACUCCCGCAAACUCCAAGAGGCCAAACUGCGGAGCAACCACGAGUUCUUCAGCCCGCCGUUCUACACGCACCGCUACGGCUACAAGCUCCAGGUGUCGGCCUUCCUGAACGGCAACGGCAGCGGCGAGGGCUCCCACCUCUCCGUCUACAUCCGCGUCCUGCCGGGAGAGUACGACAGCCUGCUGGAGUGGCCCUUCUCCUAUAAGGUGACGUUCUCCAUCCUGGACCAGAGCGACCCGUCCCUCUCCAAACCCCAGCACAUCACAGAGACCUUCAACCCGGACCCCAACUGGAAGAACUUCCAGAAGCCCUGCAGCAGCCGCAACUCGCUGGACGAGAGCACUCUGGGCUUCGGCUACCCCAAGUUCAUCUCACACGAGGAAAUCAAGAAGAGGAACUACAUCCGAGACAACUGCAUCUUCAUCAAGGCCUCUAUAGAUAUUCCCCAGAAGAUAAUGGGUUGAGACCCAAGUGUUCGUUUUUUCUGUCCAUGAAGGAGGAAGAUGGGUUAAAGACUGGAACUGACGCUUAACCUUGAAAACUUCUAGACGUUGACCCUUUAGAUCCUUCCUCCCCUGAUAGCCUCUCCGCCACAGAGCUUGAAACGAGUCUGGUUUGUGCAAGCUGACUUGGAGGAACUCGCAUCACGAGAGGGGGAGAAAUGUUUGGUCUGCAGAGCUGUCACUUGUUGACGUUCCUUUUUUACAUUGUUUUUUUCUAUGCGUUUGCUGACCUUUUGAUCACCCUCUGCAACUUAAAGCCUUUAAAAUCAAACAGUGCCUAGAGUGUUUAUCUUGAGUUAUACUUCUGUUUUUGUUUCUGCAGUACCAACACAAUAAGAAUGUGGUAAAGAUAUAGAUAUAUAAGGUUGGAAGGGCAUCUGUGAGGGGAAAGAAGCAAAUGUUCAGCACCGCCCCAAAGAAGAGGGACCUAGCAGAUUCAAACUCAAACCCAACUGACUUUUGUUUACACACUCAGACAGUAUCGUGAUCUUUUAACAAACACAUCGUCCCACAUAACUACCACCAAUAAGGUUUAUAUAAACACAAACAUACAAUACUUUUGGGCGACCUUAAAUAUCUAGAUGUUUUAAUUAAAUAUCUUUGGCAAUUCAUAACUCUCCUUAGGCCAUGAAAACUCUUACGAUAUGCUAAAUGUGAAGUUUUCAUUUCUUGUUUGUUUAACUUACCUUACAGAGUUGAAGCCUGAAAAAAAGAAUGGUUUUAUUAAGGAAACAUUCAUCUAACCACAGAUAAAAAAUUGCAAUCUUGAAUCUAGACACAAACUUAAGACUAAGCAACUUCCUGUUUUAUUGAUUUCUGGUUUAUGUACCUCCACCGAACUUGGAAUUUCAGGUUAGCAUGUCUGGCCUUUAGCAGAAUGCUGACCAUAGCUUCCAGAGACUUAUUAAAAAGACAUAAUAACUAAGGCUUUAUAGUUUUUACUAUACUAGAAAGAAAAUUCAUUUGUGCCGAUAAUGAAAUUAAAGCUGGCUUCAGACACGCUGAAAUAUCCUUAAUAAGAACUAGAACCGGGAAGAACUUAUAAAACCUCUUUUCAUUUACCUCUAAAAAAAAAACAACAUAUUUUUAUUUCCCUAAAACGUGACAAAAACACUUAAAACUAAAACUAACAUACGUUUUCAAAUGGCUAGGUUUAAUUUAAAUAUUUGAAGACUAACCAACUUGACUUUUAUUGAACAACUAUUAGCCAGAUUUACUAGAUGUAAAUCUCACUCCUGGACCUAAACCGUUAAACUCUGCUCUAAUUUUGUGUUUAUAUGCUAAGCUAUGCUAACUACAAAUUAUUAGCAUAGCUUUGCAUUGACAGCUACAUACAUUUCCAUUUACUUUUUGUAACAGUAAAAAGCCAUUUUGAGUUUUGUUUUUACCUUUCCAAAAACACUUAAGCAAGACUGUUGCAAUUAUACAGCUAAAGGCAAUCUUUGAAUUGCUAAGUUUAGGUUAACUCUGAAUAAAACGUAAGAACCAGCAUGGCUUGUACUGAACAGUUACCACCCAGCAGUAGAUGUAAGAUGUAAUUCCUCCACACCUAUAGAUGGAACAAAUUCUGGAACAAGUUUGUUCCAGAUUUCAGUCCUUUAAGGGUUUUGCAUACUCGCAAGAACUGAGAAAGAUUUUUAUUUUCUCAAGGUGUCAAGAUUUCACAGAAAAGUAAUGGCACAACUCUUGGGACUCCAGCAAAAGCUUUUCCCCGUUAAGCACGUCCUAUAUAAUUUUUAAAUUUCAAAGGUUUUCCUAGGUGAUUUGUUGAGAGUACUCUGCAUUAAUUUCCUGCUGCCCUGGAAUUUCUCUGCUCUUGUGUAGUAUGCAUAGCCCUUUAGGCUAACGAUUGCUAACAAUUUUUAUUAGCAUAGCUUACCCUAAAUAUUCAAACAUCUGUUCACUUGCAUCCUCUAACAGAGAGUCUGAUUUUAUGUACUUUUUUAAAAACAUUGCCAAAACCAAGACGACUCUUGAAACAAAUUACACGAGAAUGCUGAAUAUCUGUUGGUCGUUAUCGUAGCAGGAACUGUCUUGCGCUCUUGUGUAAGUAGUAACCAGAUCAAAGUGUCAGGGGCUCUCUGGUGUACUGAACACACACAAACUCUAACUGGGUCCAUAUUUACAGAGUCCUCACACUAAUAAGAGAGGUUACCGUACCUUUUGUCCACUAUCAGAAUACACACGCAAUCUAAGAGUGAAGGAAAAGCCAUGUGGCCUUUUUUACAAAGUAUGUCUUCGCAUGAGGGUUUUAAAGGUAAGCAGGCAAACGCAUGCUUUGUGUCAAAACCUCGUUCUCACUUUUUUUUUUUUUUUUUUAUGUAAGCUGUAUUCUUGAAAUCCUCAUUUGUUGAUGACUUUGCUCUUUUUUUAAGUUGACAAGAACUGUCAAAAAAAAACAAACAACUUUUCUGAUUUUGUUUUUAUAAAAUGUGAACCUUGGUGGCAUAACCUAUAAAGACAAUGAACAUUUGAUAUUGGUGUGUUUUGCACACGUGGGGAAUGGAAAGGCGUUCAGAGGCUCGCUGUAAUGGGGGACUGUUAGCUCAACACACAACAUGACGACGACRAGCAGCCCCAUGCUGUACGCGCGUUUUCGUCAAAGCACCAUAAGGAGCUGAGAAGACUUUUACAGUUUACUUAUGAUAUAUGUGAAUACUAAUGUAAAAAACAUGCAGAAGCACAUUCUGUCUUUUUAUUAUUACACAUGGGGGGAAUUCUUAAUUUCUUGUCAUGAAUACCAGCUGAUAUUUUACAGUGACACAAAAAGGCAAGGAUAUAAAACAAAGGAAAAAAAACAACUUUUUUGUAAGAUUCUGUAUUUUUCAAAACACUUAACUGUUUUAUACAAGCUCUUUUCGUUGGAGAGUCGGGGUUGACUUUGGGAGUUUUCAGACCCAUUCGUCUUUUGAACAUUUGRAUAAUUCGUUUGUCUGUGUGGUUUGAGCCUGUUCUGUCUGUAUUAUUUCCUCUUAAAAGUAUUUAUUUUAAGGAGCCAUCCGGAGUCUAGACUGGUGGCACAAAUGUUUUAUUAUGUUGAUUGAUGAGUGCUUGUCAAUUUCUUAUGUAAAAUAAAAUACCAUAUAUCAGUUGUUUUA